UAAUUGAAUAAUGAGACUAUAUGUAUAUAAAAAUAUUUGUGACGAAAGUAACAUCGACAUAAAUGGGCACGACAGCCUGUCAUGAUUAUAACAUUGAUAUUAACAGGCAGGAAGGGCCAGUGGCAUAAUCCAAAGCCUUUAAUCUGUUCGUGAUCGUCUAAAUAAGAGGAUCUCACGGCGGUCGGCAGCAACGCGUCUUUCACCGCGCAUGAAACGCAUGAGAAUCCGCACGCAGCUGACAUUUGAUCAGAUUUAUAACGUUGUUAAACGGUUAGUCGAUCUUAUCGAGUAAAGGCGUCGAAGGCGAGCGAAGGCGAUGAUGAAUGGACGCCGGCGAUGGAGACGAUAACUCUUGAACUCUAAUCCACUCGUGUCGCGUUAACGAAUUAAAUUCGAGCUAAUUGCACAAAACCGAUUGAGAAUCUGGCGGCGAUGGCAAACUCUAUUUGAUGUAGGGUGAGUCACGGGGCCCGAGUGAAUCGUCGCUGCCGAUUCCUUAAACAUUUCGAGUGACGAGCCGCCGCGAACGACCGCUUAAUCGCGCGACCAUUAUUCAAUUUGCACUCCGCAUGAAAUCGCGCGCGGUGCGAUAAAGAGAGUAACGUAUUUAACAAGUUAAACCCCGUUAAAAUUAAUUUCUCUCGGUCCCGAGAUCUUCAUUCCGAUUGACUUCUAUCGGCAAGACUCACGAGGAAAAAUUGCGAAUUGAAUUUAAAAAAUACUUAUCUCGUAUAUCAAUUGCAAUCUCUCCGCGAGCGUUAAUAAAAUAUCGAUGAAGUGCGAAUGAAUAAUUCAAGAGCCACAGUCGUGUAGAUCAUAACGAAUCGGUGUCGGUUGACGUGGAUUCAAUUAAAUCGAGAAAUGCAUCUAUAAAAACAUCUCUUCAAUUUUUUCUCUUUUUAUCAACAAGGCAGUUGCGUUUGUAGCAAUUACGUAUGAUCGGUGUCGAGGUGAAUUAAUCUGUUUUUCAUCGUGGAUCCAAGUUAUACGAAAGUGUCGAGAUCGAGUGAACAUGUCCAACUUUAUGUCGCUCUUGUCAAACAAAUGGUACCAGCGUAAAAAAUGAGCAAUUUUCAACGCUUGUUGUCUUUUAUUGUUAUAUGUUGACAAGCUUAUCGCUUGUCACCGACAAAAUUCGCUCUGUGCUAAACUAUUUACAUAUUGCUGAUAAGCAAAUAAAGUCGCGUAGCAUUCUGGGAAAAUGGUCAAUUUAAAAAAUUAUAGCGUCACGAAACGAUAUAAUUCAAGCAGCUAUUGUGCUUUGUUCACGAUCCCUUUAAACUGAAAUUCGGUGUAUAAUAAAACAGAAAAGAAAAAGAAUAGUAUGAAUUCAGAAAUGGAUAAGAGAUUAGCUUAGAGAACAUCGGACGAUCUUUUCCAAGAAUUCGCAUUGAAUGAUCAAAUUACACACCGCAAAAUAUUGCAAUAUUAUCGUGUAAGAAAUUAACGCUGGUAGUAAUUCGUUUGACAAGAGCGUCGCCUGGCCGCGUGCUCCGAGGUGCACGAUGAUCACGCGGACGAAGCUCUGGCGGAAGAUUCUGCGCUCCGGCAACAAGAAUGGUAUCCUUGCGGGUCUGGCCGCUCACUCCGGCCAGAUUUCCGUAGGUCUUUCUCAGGGAUACAGCGCGAUCCUGAUACCGAAGCUUCUCGAGACGAACUUCGCGGACCAGUCGCAAGCCUCGUGGAUCGCUUCUCUCGGCGUCAUCUCGAAUCCCCUCGGCGCCCUCAUCGCCGGCAUCUGCGCCGAAUGCUUUGGACGCAGGUCCGCGAUUGCUCUGGCCACGCUGCCGCACGCUGUCGGCUGGCUGCUGAUCGUGUUAUCGAGGAACGUGCCGAUGCUGUGCGCCGGCAGAUUCGUCAGCGGCAUCGGCACCGGCAUGGCCAACGGGCUCUAUCUCUACGUCAGCGAGACAGCAGCGCCAGAUCAAAGAGGGUGGCUUGCGAGCUGCGGUCCAAUCUUAGUCUCCUUGGGUGUCUUGAUGGUCUACACUCUGGGUGCCAUCACGACGUGGCAAAGAGCGGCUGCUAUUAGCAUCGGACCCGCGAUUCUGUCGCUCGCGUUGACACGGAUGCUACCGGAAACUCCCGCCUGGCUGGCUUCGAGAGGUCGAACGGACGAGGCAAAGGAGGCUCUUCUGUGGCUGCGAGGUCCUGGCCUGAACGUCGACAAAGAGUACUAUGAACUCUGCGAGACGAACGUGAAACGGAAGGAGGAAAAGAAGAGAGGUCUGCUGCGGGCGUUGCACAAGCCCAACGUAUGGAAACCGUUCCUGAUACUCCUCGCCUUCUUCGCGCUCCAGCAACUGUCCGGCAUCUACGUGAUUCUGUUCUACGCCGUGAGCGUGCUCGAGGACAUCGGCAUAGACGUGAAUGAAUACGCGGCCAGCGUCGGCAUGGGCGUCAUCAGGCUGUUCGCGUCGAUCCUCGGCGCCGGGUUGGCCAACAGUUUCGGCAGGAAGAUCCUGGCCUUCGCCAGCGGUUUCGGAAUGGCCAUUGCCGCCGUGGGAGUCGCUCUUUCCUUCAGGUUCGAGCUAUCAUCGUGGAUGCCGCUACUCUGCAUCGGGACUCACGUGGGCGCCUCCAUGAUCGGCUUCCUCACGUUACCAUGGGUCAUGACUUCGGAGCUGUAUCCGCUGAGGUUCAGGGGUAGCCUGGGCGGUCUCACGACCAGCAUCGCGCAAAUAUUGACAUUCGCCGCGAUCAAAAUGUACCCGGACCUGAACGCAGUCGUCGGUCUGGAGUUCACGAUGUGGAUACUCGGCGCGGCCGGCAUGCUAGGCGCGGUCUUCGCCCUGACGGUACUGCCAGAGACCCGGGGACGCAGCCUCGACGACAUCGAGAUGAAGUUCUCCAGCGGGUCAAGCGAGAACGGCAGCUCGACAUAUGCCCGCAAGAUCUUCUCAAAUGUAUGGUCCCCACCGAAGAACAUCACUCUCCAGCGGUUUACGUCGAUCUCGGAGGAGAAGCAAUCAAAUAUCACGGCGAACGCGUACGUCUACGACAAUUUCUGUCUGGAGCUAUCCCUGGAAAAGCUGGAGAAAGAUCCCAAAGUUCCUGAAAAAGAAUCGGCUCGAGAUUUACGAAUCGUAACUGGCAUCGCGCUCGAACAUGUGUACGUUUAAUGCGAGAAAUUCGGAAGAACUUUUGUUAUAGAAAUAAUUUCUAUGCGAAAUAACGAUCUAGGAUAGUUUAGGAUAGCUAUUUAUUUAUUUUAUACUAUUAAUACACUGAGAAUUAUUUGUUAAUUUGUUAAUCAUAAUUAUAAUAUGUAUAAAUACCAUUUUUAUAUCUGUCGUCGCCAAAUGUUUCUUCAGUAUUACGAGCAUUCCUAGAAGAAUAAUAUUGAAAAUUAAAUUUAGAUUUUUAUAACAAUUAUUAUAAUUAUGAAUGAUUGUAUAUACGUACUUUAAAAAAUAUGUAAUUUUAUAUAGUUUUCUCAACAAAUGUUCUCAGUGCUAUUUAUUUUUAAUGAUGUAUUUUUUUGUACAGAUUGAAACCAAUGUACAUUUUUCGUUUAAGUUGUAAAUUUUAAUUAAAUAUAAUUUUAUUUUAUAAUUUAACAUUCCAUACACAAAGUCAGUUUUAUGUGAGUUGAUCUCUUGGCCGCGUAGGUCACUGGUGACCCAGCAUGUUUAUUAUACUUGAAAUAAAUUGUGUUCCAUAUUACAAAAUUAUAAAAGUUAUUGUUGUAAUAAAAAGAAAAAAAUACAAAUAUCAAAAAGUAUUUUAUGAUUUUGGUUCUUGUUAUAAACAAAAUAUCAAAUAAUCUAAAACGGAAGUUUCAGCAUAGGUCACUGAUGAUCCACGCAGUACGGAACGUUAAUCAACUACGUUUUUGCAUAAAAUGACAAGAACCAUCAACAUAUAAUUUAUUUUUUUCUUACGAUAAUAUAAACGUUUACUUUUCUUGAUUCUCAUCUCGUAUAUCUCAGAAUUUCAGAAGUUGAUUAGAAAGCCUGAAGAUUUAUUAUAGACUAAAAAUUUGCUUAUUUAAGUUAUAUUACUUAUUUUCAUAUACAUAGUAUUUAAAUAAGUAAAAUUUAAUUAAAAAUAUAUUAUAAAAUAUAUAAAUUAUAAAAAUUUAUAAAGAAUAUCUUUUGUCAACACAGAUUGUUUAAUCUAAAAUACUGAAUGAUAACUUUCACAAAUGAAUGAUAGAAGGAAAUUUUAAAUGUAUUAUCUAUAUUUGCACAAAAAAUUGUGGAUGGAUAUUGACAGAUCUCUACUGAUACAUUAUAUAGCCUAUCUUUGGUAUGGCUACUUAUUAUACACAGAUUUGAUGGAUAAUUUUAAAGAGCAGAAAAAACAAGAUUUAAAAAAUAUUUAAUGAUAUUUGAAAAACAUAAAAAUGAAAUAUCUCUUACAAUACUUUUUGAGUUGUUGAAUCUUCCAUACAAUUUUACUUGCUUUAUAUCUUUCUAAUAAGUUUUCUCUAGAUUUCAAAAGUAAAUCAUGUCACAACACUAAAGUAGGGAUGUUAAUAAGAGAGAAGUGAAUAAAAGCGUUCAGCAGCGCUGGUCCUAUCUUCCUUUUAACAUUACUAUUAACGCACAAUAAAAUCUUUUUUUUUUCUAUGUAGAAUUGGUCAAAUUGUAAGUAGAACUUGCCCACAUUCUUACCUCAAUAUUUAGAUUUGACUGGAUAGAAGUAUGUAUAAAGACUGCAAAUACUUUAAUACAUCAAAUAUCUUCAAGCGUUUUGUAAUCACCACUUGUUGAUUGUAAUACCAGCUGGCAAAUGGAUUACUUAGUAGUUUUAUGUUAAUAAUUAUGACGACGAAAAAAUAGUGCUCACUUGAAACCUCUGAAUCGCGAUAAGAUGAAACCCAAGACUGGUGUAAACAGUGAAAACCACAUUAACCUCGAAAUCACACAGUUCCCUCAUCUUACAAAUGUUUUACAAAUAAUGUAAAUAAACAAGCAAAAUAAAACUAGAUUAAUAAUUCUUGCUAAA